UUCUCCUGCCUUUGAUAGAUCGUAUGGGAGAUGCCAAAGACCAAGUCCGAGAGCAAGCACAGAAUCUGAUACUGAAGCUGAUGGACAAAGCAGCACCACCCAUGUACAUUUGGGAACGCCUUGCUCUUGGUUUUAAACACAAGAAUUACCGAUCCCGAGAAGGAGUGUGUUUGUGUCUUAUUGCUACCUUAAACAUUUACGGUGCACAACCACUGAUCCUCAGCAAGUUGGUACCACAUCUGUGUACAGCGUUUGGGGACUCAAAUAGUCAGGUGAGAGAUGCUGCCAUACUGGCCAUUGUAGAGGUUUAUAGACAUGUGGGAGAGAAAGUACGACUAGAUCUUACCAAGAGAGGAAUUCCUCCUGGAAGGUUGCAAACCAUCUUUGCAAAAUUUGAUGAAGUAAGAAACUCUGGAAAUAUGAUUUUAAGUAGCAUCAAUG